UGUGUCACCCUCCGCCUGGGGUCGACGCCGCCGUCGCGGCUCCUCCAGAUCACCGCUGGUCGCGUACGUCUCCACGGGUGUGAAGUCAACGCCGACUCCCGCGUCUCUUCCUCGCCUUUUUGCUCAGAUCGAGCAGGGCAGGAACGGGCCGGCGGCGCCUCGUCUCUUUUCUCUCUCAAGAUCUUGCACGGGAUAGCCGUCCUCUCCAUCGUCGCCGCCCAUGGCAUGGUCGAACGGCCGCCGCCGCGGAUCUGUCGACUGCAGCCCGAGCCAUCGGCGCCGCCGCCACGCCGCAUUAAUUACGGCGUCCCCUAUGCAAAACAAAAGCAUCUUCUGGUGGAUCUUCCAGCCAUCAAGCUUGCAGAUAGUGCAGAGGUUACAGAAGAGACCAUAUUAAUAUCAUUGAGGCGAGCCCUUGCUCAACACUCUGCUCUGCAAGCGGACGAUGGACACUGGGCUGUCGACUUCAGUGCAAUUAUGUUCAUUAUGCCUAUCUUGAUAUUUGCUCUCCAUGUACUGGAUCACUUAAUACAGUCCUAUCAACAGAACAUCGACGCGAGAUUUGUCGCUAUAUUUACAACCAUCAGAAUGAAGAUGGUGGUUAGGGCACGCAAGUGUUGGGGCCUAGCACCAUGUUUGGAUCAUGCUUAAACUAUGUUACCUUGAGGCUUCUUGACCAGGUUGACAAUGAUGCCUUGACAAGGGGCCGUGCUUGGAUAAUAUCACGUGGAAGUGCAGCUGCAAUACCAUAGUGGGGCAAGAUAUAUGCUAUCAUUGAUGAUGUGUAAACAGGAAAGUUUUGCACCCAAAUGAUAUUGCUUGUAAUUUCCACAAAAUAUAUUCCUUGAACUUUAGCUAGCAUAUUUAUUUUUCUUAAUGUGUGUAGUGGUGGGUUAAUUUGCAUAUGAACAUUAGUGUGUACAGCUUCUCGGCUUCUCCUAUGUCAUUUGGAAGGCAUGUCCAUUUUGAAGUCCACAGGCUCUGGUACAUGGUGAAAAAAUAUAUAUGGAGCUAGGCCAAAAUUCUUAUAUUGCUGUGUUUUAUACUGCAUUCCACAUGCUCUCGUUCCUGGCAAGAAUAUAUAUGGAUCUAGGCCAAGAUUUAGAUACAUGCUGUCUAGGUCGUUCUUGUGGUGGCGCUGGGCCGGAUGUGGAGGAGCAGCGAGGGACGGCGCUGGGCCGGAGGAGGAGGAGAAGCGAGGGCGGAGCUAGGCCGCAGGUGGAGGAGCAGCGAGCGGCUCUUGGGGUGGCGUUGGGUGAAGGAGGUGCUGGGCACAGGCCGACCAGUGCUGGCCGCCCUCCCUCGGCCAUGCCCUCGCCCAUCGCUGUCCUGGUCGCCUCUUCCCCAACCCUAUUCUAUAAGCAGAGCAAGUUCCCCCCAAGCAGCUUGCUUUACUCAUCAAAAAAUAAGUACUCAAAUUGAUUUUAGAUCACGCUUGAGCAGUUUGUCCCCAAAUAAAAAAUUUACUGUUGAAAUGUAGUCAAGCCAGACCUUUUGUGAUUCUAAAGUAGUAGUCUGUUGUGGGUCAAAAUAAUUGGUAUUUUUUGCUUUGAUCAGUUUCAUUGCAGUCAAAAUAAUUGAUAUUUUUUUGGUGGUAA